CUGCGAGAGUUCACACCUCUCACAUCAGUGCUCGGUGCAGUUCAAGAGUUUACACAGAAGUUCAUCGUUCAGAAAAGUCGCUGGGAAACUUAUCUGAAGAUGUUUUGAAGAUCGGCUGCUCGGGAAUAUACGAUCCAUGAAAGAAGAUGGGAUGUCUUUCUAUCAAAUCCGUUUGUAAAGGCACAGCGCUUCUGAUCUGUGUCAUUCUCCAGGGGUUGAAUGCGCAGACGGUUACAGCAGCUCCAGCCACUACAAGCUCUCCUUCAACUGAGUCUCAAACAUCAGCUCCUUCAAAUGUCCAAGCAGCUCCUGCCACUACAAGCUCUCCUUCAACUGAGUCUCAAACAUCAGCUCCUACAACAGCUCCUGCAACUACAAGCUCUCCUUCAACUGAGUCUCAAACAACAGCUCCUUCAACAGCUCCUGCAACUAUAAGCUCCCCUUCAACUGAGUCUCAAACAUCAGCUCCUUCAACAGCUCCUGCCACUACAAGCUCUUCUUCAACUGAGUCUCAAACAUCAAUUCCUACAACAGCCCCUGCCACUACAAGCUCUCCUUCAACUGAGUCUGAAACAUCAACUCCUUCAACCUCUGCAACUACAAGCUCUCAAACAUCAGCUACUCCAAGACCAAAUGCGAUCGAGAAUCUCACAGUAACUGAAAUCUCCUCAUCAUUUGUGCUUCUGAAAUGGGAUAAACAACUCGAAAUGGGGUCUUCCUUCAAAGUUCAAUGGACUGCUGAUGAAACAUAUGGGAAUGUAACAGUCACAGUCACAAAUGUAACAGUUGCUGGUCUGAUUGCUGGAGUCAAUUACACAUUUUGCAUCACAGUCGUUGUAGCAGAUACAUCAACAGAACCUGUCUGUAUCUCAGCAUGGACCAAACCGGAUGUGAUCAGGGAUCUUAAUGUGACUGAAAUCACAACAUCAUCUGUGUUUCUGACAUGGAAUGAACCAGCUGGAAAUAGAUCUUUCUUUCAAAUUAACUGGACUGAUGAUAAAACAUACAGCCAUGUAACAACCAAUAACCCAUGGUAUAACAUCACUGAUCUGACUGCUGGAGUCAAUUACACAUUUAUCAUCACAGCUGUUGCAGCAGAUAAAUCAACAGAAGGAGAAUCAGUGGUUACCUCAAAAUAUACUAAGCCUGACGUCAUAAUGAACCUCACAGCUGAUGAUAUUACAACAUCCUCUGUUUUACUAAACUGGACUAAACCGAAUGGUCAAAGCUUCCGUUAUCGUGUAGAAUAUGAAGAUAAGAAUGUGAUGACUGAAAACACCUCCAUCAAAAUAAAUAAUCUGACUCCCGGAGCACAGUACACAUUCAGAGUGUUUGCAGUUGCAGCUGAUCAUGUGACCGAGGGAAGAGCCAAUCAGAUUUCACUGUAUACCAAGCCAGAUGUAAUCAGGAAUUUCACUGUGUCUAAAAUCACAACAUCAUCCAUGUUUCUGACAUGGGCUGAACCAUUUGGAAAUAGAUCUUUCUUUAAACUUAACUGGACUGAUGAGAAUUUGGACUUGAACAGAAAUGCAAUGGAAACUAAUAACACUUCCUAUGACAUCACUGAUCUGACUGCUGGAGUCAAUUACACAUUCUGCAUCACUGCUGUGGCAGCAGAUCAAUCAACAGAAGGAGAAACUGUCUGCAUCUCAAACUACACCAGACCUAAUGUGGUCAGCCUCGCAGUGUCUGAAAUCACAUCAUCAUCUGUGUUUAUGACAUGGGAUGAACCAGUUGGAAAUAGAUCUUUCUUCAAAGUUCAGUGGGCUGAUGAUAAAACAGAUGCAACUACUAAUACUUCCUAUCACAUCACUGAUCUGACUGCUGGAGUCAAUUACACAUUCUGCAUCACUGCUGUGGCAGCAGAUCAAUCAACAAAAGGAGAAACUGUCUGCAUCUCACAAUUCACAAUAUAA